AUGCGCACUCAUUCGAUUUGUUUACAUUUUAAUAACAAUCUUGUUUAAAUGAAAAGAUCUAAAUAAAACGCUUUUUGUUUAUUAGAAUUAUUUUAUUUUACCAUUAUUUGGAUGUUAAAACACUGAGCUAAAUAAUGGAUGCUUAUAAUUUUUAUUUGUCGACACUCAGAUAUAUUAUGAGUGCCAAUGCAGACGACAAAUCGACCUGGUGUGAUAUCUUUAGGUACUUACCAUGUCUCCGCCAAAUGCUUUCUUGUUGCGUUUGUGGGAAUAUAAUAAAGUGCCCCUACGGACCCACUCAUAAUGUUUGUUUACACAAUGUUUGCUUCAACUGUAUCGGUGGGAAAAUGCGCCUGAAACCAUCAUGUAGCUGGUGCAAAGAUCAAACCACUUUCAAGGAAAACAAGAAAUUUCGCAUUUUGAUAAACUGUUUUAAAUGUUUGUGUUCAUAUGUCUCUAACUCAAGUUUGGGAGCAGAAAUCUCAAAAGCAUCAAUAAAUGGAUUUGGCAGUGAAGCUGAAAGGACAUUAAAUGUACUAAAAGAAGCUGAGCAAUUUCAUGAUGACAUUGUCCUUACGCCACCACCCAAGGAAUUUCCCAUUGUGUCGAAAUCGAUGUCUGGAGGUAUAAAAUCUACUAAUAACCUAAUUCGCUUAUCAUCAACAUUUAGAACUCACGAUGGUGUAAUGUUUAAAAGAAAAAGAGGAAGACCAAAGACAAUAAUUCAUGCAGAUGAUAAAAAACGAACACUGUCUGAGCAAAUAAAAAAAAUUAAAAAAAAAGCUAUUGGAGUUAAAUCCCAAAAUUUAGCUAACCAAAAAUACAGUACUUCUUUUUCAUCAACCAAUAACAUAAAAAAGAGUAAAAGGGAAACAUCUGGUAAUCCAGUUCUACUUAUAGCACAAAGACCCCACAGGGAUAGGUCAGGCAAGUAUAGUGUUGGCCAACUUUGGCGAGAAACUUUCCUAGAAGAAGCACCACACCCAGAACCAGAUCCUGAUUCUGGCAUUGAAAUUGGUAAUUCAAGUGAUCAAGAUCAUACUACACAGCUUCUCUCAACAGUGAACAAAAAUAUCAAGGAAACAUCAGAGAAUGUCAAAAUUAAUGAAGUGCAUCGCAAAGAUACUAGAUGUCAUAAAAACACUGACAAUGAUAGGAAAGGAGCACAUUUACAGAAUGGUAACGAUUCGUCAAACCUGAAAGAAGAAGCGGUCAAACCCCGCCUCAUGUUGACAAUUUCAAAGAAGAGAUUCCAGAACAUGCCAAGGAGAAAUCGAAAUAGUCUGUCUGUUUCUCCAGAAGUAAAAGAACUGACAUCUCAUGUUUCUAAAUCCCCAUCACAGAGCACAACUAGUCCAUCAGCUUUGCCUAAAAAAAUGAGUUUGAAGAGUACAGUUAAGCAAAGAAGUGACAUUUGUAAAUGUGCCCGGUUCAAAAUGCCAAAUCACUUAACAUGCUUUGGCCAGAAAUGCCCUUGUUACAGCGAAAAGAAAAGUUGCAUCGACUGUCUUUGCAAUGGUUGUAAGAAUCCCUUAAAAGUUGCAGACGCUGCCCCACCUUUGAUGCACAUCAUUGGAGAUACUGACAGCUUAGACCAUAGUUUUGACAGAAGCAUGCCUAGAUUGUCUCCUAUUCCUAAGAUAUAAUUUCGCAAGUUACUUCGUGUGCAAAUAGUAUUGGUGAAAACUGUCAAGUUUUACAAAAUUAUUUUUCCAAUUUCUACAUUAUUGUUUUAAAAAGAAUGAAUUUGAUAACUCUUCUUUUUAGUUGGAAUUUGUUUCACUAAAACUUUUUUUUUAUAUUGCUUAUAAUUUUAACUAAAUUCAAGAGCGUUACAAAAUAUAAUUAAUUAUCUUUCAUUAAGGGACUUUAAUGUCUAAAACAAAACUAUGUAUAUAGAAAAAUGUCAGUAUGUAUGAUCUCACUAGGUUUAUAUCUUCUUGCUCACUAUUGUUUGAUAUCUCUGUUUUUUUUUCAUGCUGGCCUUCACUGGGAGAAUUAAUGUUGAUAUUGGUUUGUGAAACUAUGAUCUAAUAUUAUUGUAAAACUAUUAAUGACUGAAUGGUGGUAAACAAAGCAGGGUUUCAGCUUUGGAAACUCUGCAUGGCCAUCUAAAGUUUGAUUCAUUUUGCUGUCUAUGUUGCCACCUUGCAGGACAGUUAUUGUUCCAAACAAAAAAAGAAUCUAUUACUAAUUGGACAGGAUCUGUUAUACUUCUAAUUGUAUUGUCUGUAACUUCUUUUCUUUUUUUUUUUUUUGGCCAUUAGUUGUCCUGAUUUGUCUCGGUAAGAUAUUUCUAACCUACAUACAUUAAAUUUAAAAAAAACAAUUAGGCUUUGUAAUUAGUCCACUACCCCUGAAGAUUGAAACAUUUUGUUCAUUUUUUGAAUUUUCCAUAAAUUUAGCUGGUUAUAACCGGUAUUAACGAUACUAUGAAUUACAUUGUCUCAAUGAUCUAUUUUGAAAGCCUAAAGAAAUAUAUAUACACAUGUACAAAUGUACACCUCUUUUUUUUGUUUUUGUUUUUACUAUGGUACCACAAUAAUAUAAAUUGUAUUAUAGCUAGGUGUUAUAAUGAACCUCUGUACUGGGGGUAGAGUGUGUCAUUUUGUUGUACAAUGUUUCCUCUUUUGACUGCCUAACAUUAAAGUUAAUGUGUCAUUUUGUACUGUAAUUGAAAUAAUGUCAGUUUUGUUACUUUUAUUUUGUACACAACCACAAUCAGGUGUAGCCUGUUUCCCAUUUCUAAUUAAUAAAAACAGUUGUUGUUUCCCCCCCCCCCUCCCCCCAUUAACAAUGAAAUGUUACACUUAAAACUUUUCUCAUGUAACUUUUAAAUCGUAUUGCAGAGAGAUGCAAUGUGUAACAAUAUUGCAAUGAUUUUCAGUCAGGUUUUAAAUAAUAUAUUAUAUACACUAUGUAAAUGCCAACAUUAAAAACUUUAUAAAGGUGUCCAUUUUAUUUUUAAACUUAAAAACAAAGAUAAUUGUGGUUAAUAUGCUUUUUUAUUUAUGUGCGUGUUGAUUUAGGUAAUUUUUCUUUCUAUCAUUUCUUAACAUUAAAUGUGAAGUUUGUUCAAUAUAAAAAAAAUAAUGUUGAUUGUUAUUCAAUUAUACAAUUUAUGUUACUAAUAAUAGAUACCAUACCUUUUUAAACAUUGUUCUCCCAUAAUACCGGUGAGGAUUUCUAUUUUUAUUGAACAAAAUGUCAACCUUAAAUAUAUAAAAACAGCUAAACAGUUGUAAUGUAAUUUAAAUAUUCUGAAAUAAUUUGUUUGGUUACAAUUUGUUGUAUUCUGUUUCCUUAUUGACACACUGUGGUUUGUAAAAUAAUGUCCAUGUUUCAUCCUUUGCUGUAAAAUAAUGUCCAUGUUUCAUCCUUUGCUGUAAAAUAAUGUCCAUGUUUCAUGUUUGCAGGGUUGCCAAACCAAAAAGGAAAAAGCACACAUAGUUUCAUUCUACUAAUUUGUCCUAUAAAGUGUGACAAUUUGGUUAGUACACAAAAAUAUAAAGGAGAAAUAGUAAGGUUAAAGGCUUGAAUCACAGACUAGGUUUUAAGCUAUUGUGAGUGUGACAUGGAGCAGUGUAGACAUUAAUUACUCUGUGCUGGAUGUGAAAACAAAUGUACGCCACAUACUACAUUGUUAUAUUAUCAUUAUAUUGUCCCAACGUUAGUGUCAUUAUGUGCUCUGUCAGAACUGCUGACUUUUUGAAAAUUGUCCUUAAAAAAUCAUAUAGACUUCAAAGAUCUGUUUGUAAAACUACUAUGAAAUGAAAUAGAAGGCAGCCCUGUUGUAGAAAUUUUACUCAUUUUGAUCUGAAAAACAUUUUUUUGUUGUUGUAGUCCAUGUUUACCUUAUUUUUGUUGGAUUUGUUUUUUAAACUCACUGAGAACCCUUGUUUAAACUCAUUGAGAACCCUUGUUACCUUUGAGCAAUAUUGUUACUGUACAUACUCUAAUUAUCUGGUUCCCAGAAACUUUUUUUUUUUUUCGGUGUUACAUUUUCAAAAUGUACUUCAUAAAAUUGUGAUUGUGAUAAAAACAAAAAGCUGUAUUAUUUCUUCAGAACUUAUACAUGUGACAUGAUUUAUCAUGAUCCAGCAUAGGGACACUUUUAUGUAUAUUCAAUUUAAUUGUAUAGUUGUACAAGUGUGCAUAUAAUAUAAGCAUGUUAAACCAUUCUUAUAAGUAAAACAACUAUCAAGUCAGUCGUGAAUUUUACAACAGACAAAGUCUAGACUUGUAUAGGAACAAAAAUUUUACUGUUCAUUUGUAUCAUUUAGAAAAGUUUUGUUUUGUUUAUUUUGAUUUGUGUUUUUAUGGCCAUCCACAAUUCUCAUAAAAAACAAAAACGAUUCCACUCAGUUUAUUUAUUGUAAACUUUUAAGCAAGUUUUUUUGUUUUUCCACACUUUGGUUCAGAUUUAUUUUCAAGAAAAUUUCAUAAGUUGAUAUGUGGUGUAUUAUAUCAAUUCUUAGUAUGAAGACUUGGAUCUUACAAUCAAAUAUUUGGACUAAUGUAUAGUAAUAAUUUGAUAUAUUAUUUUGACCUGGAGAUAAUGUUGUCAUUAGGGAAACAUUCACCGAAUGUAAACAUGAUAAAUAUUUUUAGCAAUCAAGUUACAUUGUCUACAGAAAUUAUUGAUUUAAAGAAAAAAUUCCAAUUAAAUUUAUAUAUGUCAGUAAUUAAAAUGUUGUCUUACGAUGGCCGCCACUGAAAAAAAAACAAAAAGAAAAAUCAGGUUUGCAUUAUAUUCUGUGACUGUGAACAAAUCCCUGAAGUUUUUCAAGCUUUUAUUCUAUUGCUUGUUGUGUUCAAAUGUUACAAACUAAUUUCUGGAAACAUUUGACUGGAUAUUUUUCCAUUUUUGUUUAUGUUGUAGGUGAAACAAUGAUAUUGGAGAGCAAAACUAAUGAGCCUUUUGUUUAUGUUGUAGGUGAAACAAUGAUAUUGGAGAGCAAAACUAAUGAGCCUUUUGUUUAUGUUGUAGGUGAAACAAUGAUAUUGGAGAGCAAAACUAAUGAGCCUUUUGUUUAUGUUGUAGGUGAAACAAUGAUAUUAGAGAGCAAAACUAAUGAGCCUUUUGUUUAUGUUGUAGGUGAAACAAUGAUAUUGGAGAGCAAAACUAAUGAGCCUUUUAAAAAGUAUUUCUUUGAGUUGUAACAUUCUUAAAGCUGAAGAAAAACAAAAAAGGAAAUUUUGUUUCUGUGAAUGCAGAAAAUUAGAACUAUUCCAAAUUAAAAGGCCCUGAUUAAAUUAGCCUGUUUUAAUUCCUGUUUGUAAACAAGUAAAAUAUAAAUAGCCUUUUUUGUUUUGGUUGUAAUUUUAAUAUAUGAUAAUCCAUGCCGUAUCCUGACUCUCACCCCCCCCCCCUUCUCUCCCUUCCUUUUGUUCCACUCAAAACAUUUGUGUACAAAGUGUAAAAAAAAAUGAAAUGUGAUCAUUUCAAGAGUUGUGAGUUUUUGGCAUGUCCAAACUCUAUGAGGAAUCUGGUCAAAACUGAAGACAAUGUCUCACAAUUUCUUCCCUUUUUGUAUGUGUAUCUAAUUAUCUCAAAUGUAUCUCUGUAAAAACUUGUUUGUCUAUUUGUUAACAGCAGCUUAUACCAAAUGUAAUGCUAACAAAUAAUUUAAUACUGAAUUAAAAAAAAAAGAAUUUUCAAAGUAGUAGUUGUAAACAUUUCUUUCAAGCGUGACUAUGUCCUAUAGAUCAGUCUUGAUUUAUCAUAAAGUCUUGAGUAAAAAUAAUGUUUUAUUCCACUUUCUAGUUAUUUGUUCUUAAUACUAGUACAUUAAAGAAGAAGAUUCUUAAUUUUAGCUUUACAUGGAGACAGAACAACAUAUAACAAAAAUUCUGUUUAACACAUGACUCCUUAACAUUUUGAUUGAUUUACUGACAUGAGAGGUAAGUUUCAAUUGUAAAACCAAAAAAAAUCCACUGUUUUAUAUUGGUAGAGACAAGAAAAUCCAUGCUAUGAUAUGUUCAUUCAUAGUCGACCUGUAUCCUCCCCCAAGUUUUGGUGAAAGAAAAUGUUAAAUAUCAAAACUAUAGAAACAUUUAUAUAAAAAUAUAAAAAGACCAAAGCUAAUUUUGAAUAGUGAAAGUGUACACAUUGUAAUUUUUUAAAAUUGAUACCAGGGAAUUAGAAAUCUGUUUUUUUUUUUAAAAAAGACAUCAUCUAAUUGUCAUAAAAUUAGUUAGAGAAUUUAAAAAAAAAUAUUUUAUGUUGUCUCCAAAGAGUUUUGUUUUUUUGUUUUGUUCUACUACUGAAUGAAGAAACUGAAGUUUUGUUGUAUGUAUUUUGUCGGUCUGUGAGUUGUAACCACUUGUCAGUUCUUGAGCUAUCUCUUGCUUGUCUUGUCACUUGUAAAGUUUUGUGUUUGACAAGCAUCUGCUGACAUCCAUGACAUAGUUGGACUUUUAUCCAAACUUUUUUGUGCUACUCUUGAGACAUGCACAAUAUGUCGAUGUAGUCAAUGUCUCAAGUAGCUUUUACAUAGAACAAAUUUUGUACCGAUUUCAAUGAAAUUUGUGAAGGACUUUUUAAAACAACAACUUAGAAAUAAUCUGCGCCAAGAUAUAUUGAAGGUUGAACUCUCAUUAACUGAAUUAGUUAUGCCAUAUUUCAGAUCAAAUAUUUUUUUUAAGCCCCAAUUAAAGCCUUUUUAUUUUUAGUAAUAAGACAAGGUUUAUUUGUUUCUUCGUAACUCUUUAAAAAUGUACUAUUGAUGUUACUUGUAAGGGACAAGCGUACAAUCUUAAAAUUGUAUUCAGCUGAUUAAAAAAAACAACAUUGUGCCUAUCAGAGGCUAGAUGUUUUCUUUUAAAAAAUAUAGGAAAGAAAUUGCAUUCACUUACUUACUAAACUAAUUAAAUUGUCAGAACUAGUCACUUGCUGUCAAGUUAAAGAAAGGUAAAAAAGAAACAUUAGUUAAGGCCUUGGUAUUUUGAAUGUACAAAGUAGACAUAUCAUGAUGAUUAUAACUUAGCCACUUGUUAAUUACUUCGAUAUAUGCAAAGAUUAUUACACAAUCUUUUUAGGUUCUUCACCAUAGGACAAAAAAAUUAUGUUUUCGUUUUUAUUUCAAAACUUAUCUAUACCAAUUAGAAAAAAAAAUUUUGUCAUAAAUUUUUUUUAUAUGUAAUUCAACUUUUAUAUUUCUCUGUAUUUAUGAUGAUUUUGGUUAGUUUAGAAUUUUUCUGAUGUGCGAUAUGGAACAUUAAAUCUUAUACUAUUCUGAACGCUAUGCUUGCAAAACUUAUAUCGUGUUUUCCGUUCAAACUAGCCCAUAGAUUUGAUUUGUAUUUUUGGUUUGUAACACUGCUACAUUUCAAAGUUGUGCAUAUUUCUAACAUUGGUUUUGUAAACCAUAUUUAUAAUAGUUCUAGAUUCAUGAAGAAUGUCUUGUUGAAUUUUAUUGACUAGCUCUUGUUGGUGUUAAGCCUGUGUUACAUCUUAGUAUCAACAUGUUGAGGAGUGUAUUGUGUUUAUAAAUAUCAACAUUAUACAAUAAUACAGACUUAAAAUUCUUAAGCAAAAUUAACUUUUGUAUAGUCUAGUUGAACACUGAACUAUUUUUGUUCAUUAAAAUAUUUCAUCUUCCUCCUUUUCAAAGUAUGUCAAUAUUUUAUCAAAAUUUAAAUCAACAAAGAAAAGUUGUGACACCUGGUAACUAAUGAGGUUAUGUGGUUAAGAACAAUUUAAAAAUUAUUUUUUUAACAAAAACUGUCCAAUGUGAGCUGUUCUUGACCAAAUUGCUAUCUUUUCAUUUACGGUACCUAUCUAACUGUAAAGUAAUAUGCUAUGUAAAGAUUUUAUUUUGUACAAGUUACAUAAAAAGUGAAACAAUCAAGGUCAGCAAAUAAAAAAAAAGCAUCCCUGGAA